GAUAGUUAAAUGUCAGUAAAAUUUGGAAAGCAAUCCCCUUCCAAAAAGAACGGGUCUGCCAAAAAGGCGAAGAGCAUGGUAAAUUAUACAGAGAGAAAGUGAAUCCAAGGAAGUCUCAAGAACAUUCUUCAAAGUUCAACCUUUAAUCCUGAGAAUUCAAUUGAGCAGACAAUUGAGCGAGCAAUAGACGAUGACUUGUCACACGACAGGAAAAUUCUUGAAAAAAUAGACUUCUAUAUCACCCCUUACAACAAAGAGCAACAUCUGAAGGAAUCCAUGUCUUUUGGAGACAAGCACAAGUUCUGUAAAACUAUUCAUGAGAAAGCCCAGAAGGACUGGAAGAUGAUCUCUGACUUUGUCUUUAAUAGUGAGAAAUAAAGAGCUCAGAACUAAGCUCAAUCAGUAUAAUCCUCAGCUUUAUGGGAGUAUUAAAUAAACUCGCCUUCGAGCUCGCUUCUAAAGACUUAAAUUCUAUCCCUGAAGAGCGGAGAAAGACAAGGCAUAAAUCUGAAAUCCACAGAGCCAGUGAGUUAAAGAUAAACGUGCUCAAAGCUGAACAAGAAUCCAACGAUCAUGAGAUUGACAAAAAAUUUCAGAAAGGAAACAACUCCCUCAUAAGUCCUUUGAUGAAGAUUAAAAGGCAUAAAGAGAACAAGCAGAAGCAGAGGCAUAUUAAAAGGAUGAUAAAAUAAACAAGAUAAGCUCAGCUUUAGUACAACCUUAGAUAUGAUCUCGGAUAGUGCUACUAAGCCAACUUGCCAUCGCUCUAAAACGAUUCCGACUAAAGCACCAACGAAGCAUAUGAGUGCUUUAAACUGCUUACAGCCAAACACUCAAUUUGACAGGUUGACUGUCCCAAGGACAUCAAAUAUCUCUGUCGGACAAGAGCACCACUCAAAUUUUCCUUCGAUCCAUACUGAAAAUAAAGCCAUAACAAGAGUACAUAGGCCGAGUGUUUCCUCAGUGAACUCAUCAAGCAUCGUUAACCCUAAUAUACUUGCGCCAGUAAGAUCCUCGAGCCAGAAGGCAGAGUCUGCUAACAGAACACCUCAAAUAAAUCACUCAAAAUCGAUAGAUGUCACCAACAGUGUCACAACUAAUGGAAUAGACCCGACUUAUGAUGACUCUUUUGUGCAAAUGGGCUACCCUAAUAAAUCUGGCAAAAGCUCUAGAGAGACCAAGCUUCCUCUUAUCAAUAGAAGAGACCUUACAGUGAAGAGACCAAGAAAGACAAAUUCAUUUUAUGUAACAAAUAAAUAUCCAAGUGGAGACACAACUUCAGAGAUUCGUAAGCCGGGGAUCAGUAGUAGAGGCUAUCUUGAUAUUGACAAAAGCAACCUGGAUAGUGACUCCUGAUCAGUUAGUAUUACAAAUGAUGCCAAUUUGGAACAAACUCUUCCGUUAUUUAGAGAGAAAUCUAUUAAUAUUCCUACAAGGACAAGGAAGAAGGCACUGUGUGAGAUGCCGCAAACAUCAUGUCAUAAAGAUUAUAUUCCCCUUGUAGAGUCUAGUAAGAAAGAUAGAUCCAAAAUCACCAAGAAAAAGAAGAAUUUUGCAAGCCCUGACAAAGAAAAUUUCAAAAGAAUAGAUCCCAGCUGGAUCAUUUAUAAUCCAAAAGGGAGUGAGAAAAAGUAUAUCCAGGAUAAAACUAGAGCUAUGAAGAUCGUAUUCUCAUCUCCUACUAAAAACUCACCAAGAACAUAUGGUGUGAAAGAUGCAAGAAUGUUCUUGUAGUAACAGUCAUGUAAUUAAAAAUAAAAUUUC